AUGCUUGAAGGGCUCGUUUCUAAUCUGCUCAAUCGGUUCUUGGGCAUGUAUGUUCAGAACUUCGAUCCCAAGCAGCUCAACGUUGGCAUCUGGUCUGGUGACGUCAAGCUACGAGACCUCGAGCUCCGUCGUGAAGCUCUCGACCAGCUGCGUCUGCCCCUCAACGUCGUCGAGGGACACCUGGGCUCCCUCACACUCUCCAUUCCGUGGUCGAAUCUUCGAGGGAAACCAUUGAAAGUGCAGAUCGAGGACGUCUUUCUCUUGGCUGCACCAAAGGAGGAUGCCGACUACGACGCAGACGAGGAGGAGCGACGAGCGCACGCUGUCAAGAUGGAGAAAUUGGACAGUGCAGAGCUGCUGAAGGAGCGCAACACAGAAGGCAUGAGCGCUGAGGAGCAGCAGAAGAACCAGAGCUUCACUGCAAGCAUGGUUACUGCUAUCGUCGAUAACGUUCAGGUUACCAUCAAGAACAUCCACAUUCGAUACGAAGACUCAAUAUCAGACCCCGGGCACCCCUUUGCCUUGGGUCUCACCCUCGCCGACUUCAGCGCGAUCAGCACAGACGAGAACUGGAAGCCUACCUUUAUCGAGGGCAACGCCGUCUCGACACACAAGCUGGCAACACUGGGCUCUUUAGCUGUGUACUGGGAUACAGAUGCAAAGCUGCUUGGUACAGGGAAAGGCAACGACAGCAAAGAUGAACAACACAUUGAACACUCCGACUUCAUUGAGACUCUCCGCGACAUGAUCGCAAGAGGCGACAACCCUGAGCUUGGUGAUCACCAAUUCAUCCUCAAGCCCAUCAGUGGUCGUGCAGGACUGGAAAUCGACAAGACCGGCAAGGCCGACCGGCCGAAGAUGAAGGCCCGCUUGCUGUUUGACGAGCUGGGUUUCAUCAUCGAUGAGGACCAAUACCGCGAUGCACUCAUGUUGGUAGAUCUCUUCCACUAUUUCAUCAGGCAUCAGGAGUACAAGAAGUUCCAACCCAAGUCGUCGCCAAAGGAAGAUCCUGCCGGCUGGUUGCGGUUUGCGGGACAAGCUGUGCUUGACAAGAUCCACGACCGCAAUAAGAGGUGGAGCUGGGCAUACUUCAAGGAACGCCGCGAUGACCGUCUACGCUACAUCGAGCUGUUCAAGAAAAAGAAGAAGGAAGAGAAGCUGGCGCCUGCUGAGGCCGAUGAGCUCGAUAAGUUAGAAAGGAAGCUGACUUACGAAGAUCUGCGCUUCUGGCGGUCUUUGGCUCGCAACCAGCUGCGCAAAGAGAACGUCGGCGUGAAGAAGGCGCCACAGAAACAGGGCUGGGGCUCAUGGAUUGGUUGGGGCGCCAAACAGGAACAACACACCGACGAAAAUACCCAGAUAACAGAAGAGCAGCGCAAAGAGCUAUACGAUGCGAUCGACUGGGACGAGAAGAAAGCUAUUGCCGAGUCGGUUGACAUGCCACGCGAAUAUGUCAAGAUGGAAGUGAACAUGAGCCUCCGUACUGGCAGUUUUACACUCAAGCGCGAUCCUCACGGCAAGUCGAAUGAGAUACUCCGCCUGCUCUUCGACGGUUUUAGUACACAGCUACUGCAACGCACAGACUCGAUGUUCGUCAAACUCGCCCUCGAAGGCAUGCGCUUGUACGACGGCACAACUGAAGGCAGUCUCUUCCCUCAGAUCAUCACCAUCAAGGACGCGCCGCCAGUACCUGAUGACAAACGUAUCGAAGAGCUCGACGAUGACGAGAACGAGAAGAGGGAGGAUGAUGAAGAUGAGGACGAAGAAAAGGAAGAUCCCUUUUUCCACCUCACUUUCGAGCAAAACCCUCUCGACAACAGCGCUGAUACUGCCCUGACGAUGAAGUUGAAAGGCAUGGAAUUUGUCUACAACCCAAGAUUCGUGGUCGAAACUGCGAGGUUCUUCAAGCCUCCAGCGCGGCAUAUGGAGUCGAUUGGUGCGCUCAUGGAGACUGCUGGAGCCACCGUUGACACUAUCCGGCAACAGACUCGUGCGGGCCUGGAGUUCGCUCUUACCGAGCACAAGACCAUCAACGCACAGCUGGACCUGCAAGCGCCCCUCAUCAUUAUUCCAGACUCUGUCACCAAAAAGUCAAGCAAUUGCCUCAUCCUCGAUGCCGGUCACGCAAGCGUAACAAGUGAGCUCGUCGACAAAGACACACUGCACGACAUACAAUCGAAACAGCAGCAACAGUAUACUGAUGAGGAUUUCCGACGUCUGGAGAAUCUAAUGUACGACAAAUUCACCCUCAAGCUGCAGUCAACGCAAGUGCUUAUCGGACCCUCUAUUGAGGAGACUAAAGCCCAGCUCGAGGAGAAUGCGACAUCGAAGAACUUUCACAUCGUCGACAAGAUCAACAUGGACUUCAAAAUCGAGCUUUGCAUCAUCCCCAAGGCUUCGGACCUUACCAAGUUCCGUGUAUCAGGAAACCUUCCUGUGCUGCACGCCUCGAUAUCUGAUGCGAAGUACAAGAACUUGAUGAAACUCAUCGACGUUGCGGUACCCAAGUUCGACAAUGACAGCGCCACAACCAAGGAGGUCGCUGAAGGCGCAAAGGGCCCAUCCAAUCUCAAGCCGAGCGCCGAUGCGGAGACGAGUAAGGAUGCGCUUGGGCGGCCUCGCUCCAAGUCUUUCCAGUUCUCUGCUCAAGAACAUGAACUUGUCAUGGAGGAAGACCAUGAUGGUGACCAUGAUGAGAAGUUCGAGGACGCUCCAGAAGCCGCAGAUCAGAAGAGCUCGCAUGUACACCAGCGUAACUUUGAGUUCAAGUUUACUGUGGACAAGCUGCAGGGUUCGCUGUACCGGACUGACUCGGAAGGUCGUAAGCCAGAUCAGCUUCUUGUCGAGCUGAUUGCAGAACACUUCGAUCUAGAUUUCUACCAAGAGCAGUUCGAGAUGGGCGCAGACGUUCGCCUGAGGAGCUUGGCCGUCGAAGACCAUGUUGAGGAGAACCCACUACCAGAUUUCCGUAACAUCAUCUCCUCCGAGGAUGACUCUGCAGACGAGCAGAAGGACCUGUUCUCAUUGAAAUUCACCAAGGUCAAUAAAGAGUCACCAGAGUUCCAGACAAAAUUUGAGGGCAUUGCCACGAAUCUGGACGUUGCUGUUUCAACCAUCAAUUUGAUUGUCACCAGAAGGACUUUGCUCACUCUUCUCGACUUUGUCCUUAUCACUUUCACAAACCCGGAUCAACCUCAGAAUCAACAAGCCCAGAUUGCUGCGAAGUCUGAUGAGCAGGAAGUAAACAAGUCGUCUGACGCCGAGCCAGACAAGAUACGCAUUCGUGCUGAGCUGAAGCGUAUUGCGGUCGUUCUAAACAACGAUGGUAUACGUCUCGCUACCCUGAGCUUGAAUUCUGGCGACGUUGGCAUUAUGCUGAACGGAGGAACAAUGCGCAUUGGCGGUCGACUUGGUAACCUAUCACUCAUCGACGAGGUUAAUCAGGGUGUUCCAGAAACAUCGUCUUUACGACAGCUGGUGACGAUCGAGGGUCAGAAUUUGGCAGACUUCAGCUAUGAGACAUUCGACUCCAAAUCAGAUAGCUACCCUGGCUACGAUAUGUCGGUAGCAUUGAAGACGGGCUCCAUCAAGAUCAACUUCCUUACGGAACCAUUCCGCAAGAUUAUGGAGUUUGCUGUCAAGUUUGGAAAGAUGCAGGCUAUCUUCAAUGCGGCUCGUCAGGCUGCAGCGAAUCAAGCAACCCAGAUCCAACAGAACCCCGCCAAGUUCCAUUUCGACAUUACUAUCAGUACCCCGAUCGUUGUAUUUCCACGCAUGGUAAUAUCGGACAAACCAGAACGCGACACUCUGAUCGCAAAUCUAGGAGAGAUCUACGCAAAGAAUGAAUUCACACCGCUAGAUGACUCGAAGAACGCAGAUGUUGCCAAUAAGAUCUCUGCUGGUAUCAGAAACAUCAAACUUACUUCGAACCUCCACUACGAGGACGACCACUCCGAAGCGCUUGAGUUGAUCGACAAGGUCGAUCUCAAUUUCAACAUCACUAUGGUUGAACACAAGGCUGGCCAACAUCGCCCAGAUAUGGAGAUUAUUGGAUCCAUGUCCGACAUCAAUCUAUGCCUCACUCCGGAACAGAUGAAGUUCGCACUGGAGCUGUCUCGUACCAUUCCCCAGGCCUUCGCAACAGAAACGGAUGCAAUUGACGAGGAUGUCAAAGAAGAGCUUCCAGAAGCCAAGACCGAGGCAGUGCGACAAAUCACAGUUACAGAGUCAUCAGAUGAUGAACCCUCGACAGAUGUUGUUUCUUCGCAAGGGCCUGAGCUGUCAACUGAUGCCGAUAAGUGGACGAAGCUGGACUUCGUGUUCAAGGUCGGCGCCAUUGCCUUGGAGCUUAUUCGAUCGAAGGAAGGUGAGCCGAUUGGCGACGUGGAGGCCGCAAGUCUUUCGAAGUUCUCUCUUAAUGAUACGAACGUGAAGGUACGCAUGAUCAGUGACGGUGCCAUGGAAGCAGAACUCGCGGUGCAGUCGUUCUCGAUUCGUGACAGUCGCGCACAGGGAACGAACAAGUUCCGCAAGAUCAUGUCUUUAAUCAACAACGACGUCAAGCAGCAGUUCAUGGCUAGUGUUUCGAUCUCUGGUGGAAAAGAGCGCAACCUUAUUGCACUUCUUACGGUCGACAGCCCAAGAAUUAUCCUGGCACUGGACUAUCUGUUUGCUCUGCAGGCUUUCAUUAACGCCGGCCUUGAUACGGAUGAGCCGCUGAUUAUUGACGAAGAGCUUGAUGACGAGGAAACUGAUAGCGACGACGAGAUCAUGUCGCGAGAUGAAUCUCAGGCACUGCAGAAGCCAGAGGCCCUCGCCGAUCCAGCGCAGAAUGGCAUGAGCAUGUCGUUCCGCGUAAACUUGGUGGAUGCACAGGUGGUGCUCAUCGCCAACCCAGCACUAGCCAAUUCUGAAGCUAUAGUGUUGGGCACUAAGCAGGUCCUGGUAUCGAAGCAACAAGCUAUGACACUGCAGGUGGAUAAGAUUGGCAUGUUUUUGUGCCGCAUGGAUCGCUUUGAGACAAACCGACUGCGCAUUCUUGACGACUUUAGCAUCCAAACAGCUUUGGAUAUGCGCAACCAGAGCUCGAGGUCAUCUUUGAUCAGCAUCAAUAUUGACAUUGAGCCUCUCGUUCUCCGCCUGUCGCUCCGCGAUAUUCUGUUAGCCAUGCAGAUUGUAAACCGCGCAUCUGCAAUGCAAGCUACCGACGACAAGAAGAUGCUCGAGGAGGGUGCAAAGCAGCUUAAGCCCAGCACACCUUCCAAAAAGCCAAAGUCGACUGCAGUGGCCAGCACAACAAGGCCCCGAGCCAAGUCUAUCGCGAAGACCAAGCGAUCGAGCCAGAACGAAAUGCAAACGCAGCAAUCACAAGCUGGUUCAGCAGUUCUCAAGCGUGAAGAGAUGCACGUCAACCUCGAAGGCCUUCGUGUCGUUCUCAUUGGUGAUGUGCACGAGAUGCCAAUGCUUGACUGGAGGGUCAAGAAGUUUGGUGUCGACGUUCGGGACUGGUCAGGUGCCAUGGUCGCCGAUACUUCGCUCGAGACUCUGAUCAACGUUUAUAACUUCUCGAAAUCUGCGUGGGAGCCAUUGAUCGAGCCGUGGAGUGUCGGCUUCCAUAUGGCGAAGGAUUUGAACCCUGAUCGUCUGUCUGUGGAGCUGUACUCUCGCAAAUCUAUGGAGCUUACGAUCACAGCGGCAACUAUCGCCUUGGGCUCCAAGUCAUUCGACUUCCUUACGGCUGACGAAGACAUUCUCUCCAAGCCGCGCGCUAGCGAUGCACCGUACCGUAUCCGCAAUUACACAGGCUUUAGCCUCGAUGUUUGGGCGGAAGGCAAGGAGCAGGAAGGUUAUGCGGCGAAACUGGAGGAUGGUGAGGAGAAGCCAUGGCGAUUUGAAGAUCCGAUGUCUACGCGCGAGACAUUGUCAACGGAUGGCGCAACUGGCAUGCUCGGUAUUAGGCUCGAGGGCAGUGGCUUCGACACCCUCGCGCGCAUACCUGUACACCGCGAAGGAGAGUCGCUGUACAAUCUCAAGCCCAAGCAAGACAGGGUGCAGCACCGCGUGCUUGUGGAGGUGAAGCUCGGUGCCGACAACAUCAAGAACAUCACCUUCAGAUCUCCGCUGUUAGUCGAGAACAACACGCAGAUACCCAUUGAAAUCGGUAUGUUCAGUCCAGAGGAGGGCCACCUUCUCAAGAUCGACAAGAUCGCACCUGGUGAUGCACGACCAGCACCUAUUGGGUCGGCAUACAUGCACUCAAUCGUCAUUCGACCAGAUCAAGGUUUUGGAUAUGCUUGGUCGAACGAACGCCUCUUUUGGAAGGAUCUGCUCAAGCGCCCGACCAGGACCAUCACUUGCCGCGGCGAGCAAGACGAACAGGCACCGCCAUUCUACUUCCAAAUGCACGCAGCCUACGACAAGAAGGACCCUCUGACUGGCACGUAUCCUUACAUGCGAUUGCGACUGCAAGCACCAGUAGAGGUGCAUAACCUUCUGCCGUACGAUUUCAAGUACAGGAUCUACGACAGCAGUACCAAGAAAGACUGGACCAAUUUCCUCAGAAAAGGCGGCAUCAGUCCUGUCCAUGUUGUUGAACUGUCUCAUCUUCUGCUUGUCAGUGUGGAGAUGCAAGAAGGCCCGUUCAAACCCAGCAAGUUCGGCAUCAUUAACUCCACUGAUCGGGAGAGUUUUAGAAGGGAGAAGGUACUUGAGGUCAAGGACGACAAUGACACAACUCUGCACCUCAACAUGCACUUCUACAACUACCCUGACGGUGGAGGUGCCUUCAAGGUCGCGAUCUUCAGUCCUUACAUCGUGUUGAACCGCACUGGUCUCAGCCUGGACAUCAAAUCACAGCAGCAGCAGUUCCUGGGCGGGGGCAGGUCUUCAGGAGCCCAAGGCACGUUCAGAGAUGACCAGACCGAUGCCGGAAAGGCGCUACCCUUCAUGUUUUCUUACCCGUCCGAAAACAAGAAGAAUCGUGCGCUUAUCAAGGUUGGUGACUCCAGCUGGAGCAAGCCUCAAAGUUUCGACGCCAUCGGAAGCACAUAUGCAGUCUCAAUACCUGCGAGCAAUUCGAGAUCAGACAUGCACCUUGGUGUGUCUGUUGCCGAGGGCGAAGGCAAGUACAAUCUGACAAAGGUCAUAUCUAUCGCGCCACGCUUCAUCGUCAAGAACAGAAUGAACGAAGAGCUGCUUAUUCGCGAGCCUGGCCAGUCUGACUGGAUGUCGAUGAAGGAAGGAGAGCUGCUACCUCUCCGAUGGCUUAAGCAAAGAAGCUCGCCGCAGCUGUCGCUCUGCUACCCCGGAGUCAACAACCAAUGGUCUUCGCCAUUCAACAUUUCAAACGUCGGCAAUGUGCAUGUCAAGCUGUCGAAGACUGGUCAACGUCAAAAGUUGAUGCGCAUCGAUGUUCUAAUGGAGCAGGCCACAAUCUUUGUCCACGUCAGUGUCGAAACGAAGCACUGGCCGUUCUCAUUCAAGAACAUGAGCGACCAGGAGUUUUUGUACUGGCAACAGAACCCCAACCUUGACGAAGAUGAAGACGAUCGCGGCACUGGCUUCAGACCUAUCAGGUACCGUCUGCCACCAAGGAGCAUCAUGCCGUACGCUUGGGACUUCCCUGCAGCCAAGAACAAGGAGAUUGUCAUCAGUGCGAACGGCAGGGAACGACACGUCAAGCUGGCAGAGAUUGGACCGCUAAUCCCAUUCAAGAUUCCACCCGGCCAGCAAGGAGGUGGCAUGAAGGUCAUCGACCUCAACGUUGUUGCCCAAGGUCCCACACAGACACUGGAGGUCUCCAACUACAAGUCUUCCAAGAGUGUGUACAAGCAGAAGCAUGGUGCUGCGUCGUCAUCGACAACAACAGGUUUCGAGGUCAAGGACCAGGACACUGACGUUACAUUCAAGGCACAGUUGCGGUUUGCAGGCAUCGGUAUCUCGCUUGUCAACCGCCAUCUGCGCGAGCUGGUAUAUGUCACGCUGCGUGAUCUCGAGUUGAAGUACUCGGACUCGGCACUAUAUCAGAUGGUCAACGUCCAAGUGAAGUGGGUUCAGAUUGACAACCAGCUGUACGGCGGCAUCUUCCCCAUCAUCUUUUACCCCAGUGUGGUUCCGAAGACGGGCAAGGAGAUGGAAGCACAUCCCAUCUUCCAGACCAGCAUUACUCGGGUCAAGGACGAUUCGUACGGCGUCAUGUACAUCAAAUACUUCAGUUUCCUGCUCCAGCAAAUGACGCUCGAAAUUGACGAGGACUUCAUCUUUGCGAUGAUCGACUUCGCCAACAUCCCUGGGGCUUCGUGGUCCGAGAAAGCAGAAGGCAAGCUUUGGGACGAUUCACUUGAUAUCCCGGAGCCGAAGCAGGAGCAGACCGGGCAAGAUGUCUACUUCGAGCUGCUUCACCUGCAGCCCAUGCAGAUUGAUUUGUCAUUCGUUCGAACGGAGCGCAUCAACGCCGAGGACACUAUGUCGAGUUCCAACCCCUUUAUGUUCGCAGUCAAUGUCCUUACCAUGUCGAUCGGCAACGUCAAUGAUGCGCCAGUCCGCUACAACUCUCUCAUCCUCGAGAACGCUCGCAUCUCGACCUCUGCUCUUAUCAACAAUAUUAAGAACCACUACGUGCAGGAGUCGCUGAGACAGGUUCACGUCAUCAUUGGCUCAGCUGACUUCCUCGGUAAUCCAGUGGGUCUUUUCACUAACAUCAGUUCUGGUGUUGCCGAUAUCUUCUAUGAACCAUACCAGGGUCUCGUCAAGUCCGAUCGCCCAGAAGAUCUCGGCAUUGGUAUCGCAAAGGGUGCUUCAAGCUUUGUCAAGAAGUCUGUCUUUGGCUUCUCAGACAGCAUGGCCAAGUUUACAGGCAGUAUGUCGAAGGGACUCUCCGCCGCAACUCUCGACAAAGAGUUUCAGGACCAGCGCCGCAACACCCGCUCUCGCAACAGGCCCAAACACGCUCUCUAUGGUAUCACAGCAGGUGGCAACGCCUUUGCCAACAGUCUUGCUUCCGGCCUCGGAGGUCUCGCACGUCAUCCCAUCCAAGGCGCCGAAAAGGAAGGAGCCCUUGGCUUCGUCAAGGGUGUUGGCAAAGGUCUUCUUGGUGUCCCUACCAAAGCUGCGAUCGGUGCCUUUGACCUGGCCUCCAACAUGGCCGAAGGUGUGCGCAACACAACUACAGUCUUCGACCAAGAGGGUCUCGAUCGCGUGCGCCUAACGCGCUUCAUUGGCACGGACGGUAUCGUGCGCCCGUACUCCCAGCGUGAAGCGCUUGGACAGUUCUGGCUUAAGACCCUCGACAACGGAAAGUAUUUCAACGAAGACUACAUUGCGCAUCUCGAGAUCCAAGGCAAAGACGUUCUGAUCAUGCUCACGUACAACGCCAUCAUGAUGGUCAGGACGAAGAAGCUGCAGACGGAAUGGGAUGUACCGCUCAAGGAUGUGCAGACUAUCAGCAAGGAGAGGACAGGGCUGAGCAUCACACUCAAGGGCGGCACCAAUGGACCGUUUGUUCCUGUAGGGGAUGAAGGGAGUCGGAAUUGGUUCUACCGGCAGGUUGCUGUGGGGGUUAACGCGUACAACGAUCGGUGGAACGCUAAGGGUUGA